ACGCCAGCCAGAACAGCAGCAGCAGCUCCUGGACCCUCGCUUGCAAUUCUUGGUACAAUAAUGGCUAAGGGCGAGUGACAGCCAUGGCCUCUCUAAUCAUGCUAGCGGUUGCAUCUCAUCGAGCGAACUAGCCUCUUUCGGUGGUACGGUCAGCCCUUCAGCCCUUUAGCCCUUCCGCCCUUCCGCCCUUCCUGCAGCCGUCAGAUCGUUUCUAGUGGUGGAGUUCAAAAGCGGCGGCGAGCAGUGAGCGGCAGACGCCAUCAUGGCGUGCCACGCGUCUCCCGUCCGCGUCCCCGUCCCCGUCGCUGCGCGUCCUCUCUCAUGCACCGCCGCGCCAUGGCGCAUCCCUCCCCGUCGCCUCUCCCCGUGCCGCGCUCCUUCUCCACCUUGCGCGCCGCGGCGGCCCGCGUCGGUUCCCGCAUCCCCCUCGCGAUGUGUAUCUUUCUCGAGUCGGCAUCAAGAAGCGUGUCGACGGCCAAGCUCGCGCGCCGCCACAACAAGACAGGCAGUGAUAGCCAUAGGCAUCAUCAGAGUGCGUCCCUCCCCGCCUGUUUAUUCUGCUUUCGAGUCGACUCAAAAGCCUGUCUAUUCCCUCCCACAGCCACACCAGUCUCCGCUGCUUGCCGCGACUUCCGUUGAUAUCUUCGCGCCCCGUAGCUCGCGUACCCUGACUACAAAUACCAGCGUCCCUGUGGCUGUUUGCCACGGAGUGAGCUCGUCUCUAGUUGUGGUACCGCGGCCGUUAUCUUCAGCGCGUCGCCUAGUGCAAGAGCUUGAACCCACGGCGAAUCUUCGUGCUCCUGCAGCAGAGGCCGCCUCGUGGAGCCGCAGCCUGCCACGUGUCCAUGCGCCUGGCCAAUCCAGGCGCGAAGGGCGUCUGUCAUCGCUGAGCGCUGCGCUGCCACGUCAGCAUCAGCUCGAGCCGCCGAAGCUUGUCAGUGGAGUUAAUAGUAGUACGAGGGGUGGCGGGAGCCUACUAGUAUCCGAGUUCUGGGCCGAUUCUAGUCUUCCUAGUUUUCCAAGUCUUGCUGUCAGGAGUCGCCCUUCCGCGCUGCAGGCGCAGAGCCAGGCCGAAUAUCCGCGCCGAGCCUCAGCGCUGGUCGGCGCCAGUCUGUUAAAACCUCGGCCGUGGCGGCAGCGGCGGUGCAGGGCGGUGCGUGUGCGCGGCGCUCUCGGCGGCGCUCCUGGUAGCGAGAGCGGUGAUUGUAACGAGGGGGCGGGCGAGAGCGAGAGCUUCAGGGGAGCGGGUGAAGCGGAUCAAAUCAAAUCGGAUCCAACUGAGGAGAACUGCAAGGCUAAGCCGGAUCCGACCAGCCAAUCCCAGGAGAGCAAUCCGAGCAAUCCGAGCAAGCCCAGCGAGGGGGCAAUAGACCCCGCCCACGUGGUGUGGCUCCUGAGAAUCCGCCCGGCCGCUACAGCCGCCGAACCCAGCAGCCUCAGCAGCGGCUACAACUACGGUGGCAGCGCUGGCCCGUUCAGGCCCAGGUCUCACGCAUCUCUUAGCAGCAGCGGCAGCGGCAGCAGAGGCACGGGAAGCAGCGGGAUGGCAUCGGGGCAACUAGGCCGCUCCUCCCAGGUGGAGCUAGUGGCCCACCUGGAGCGCAUCGGCGUGCUGCGCAGUGGCGGGCAGUCCCGGGCGGCUCAGGUGAUGCGUCAGGUGGACCGCGGUCUGUUUGUUCCACCUGCCCCGUGGGUGCACGCAUACCAGGACUCGCCGCAGACCAUCGGGUUCAACGCCACCAUCUCCGCGCCGCACAUGCACGCCCAGUGCCUGGAGCUCCUGGGAAACCACCUGCAGCCGGGCAUGCGAGCGCUCGACGUGGGGUCGGGCACGGGCUAUCUCACUGCGUGCUUGGGGCUGCUCGUGGCUCCUGGGGGAAAGGCGGUUGGAGUGGAGCACAUACCAGAGCUGGUGGAGCGGUCGGUGCGGGACGUGCGGCGCAGCGCAGCAGGGCACCUGCUGGAGAGUGGCGUGAUAUCGCUGCAUGUGGGGGAUGGCAGACAGGGGUGGCUGCACGACAGCCCCUACGACGCCAUCCACGUGGGUGCGGCAGCACCAGAGAUCCCCCAGGCGUUGAAGGAGCAGCUGAAGGUGGGGGGCAGGAUGGUGAUACCUGUGGGCACGUGGUCCCAGGACCUGCUGGUCGUGGAUAAGCUGCCAGGUGGCCGCUUCAGAGAGAGCCGCGUGGCGGCCGUGCGAUACGUGCCGCUCACCAGCAAGGACGAGCAGCUGGAGGGGUACUGAAAGGUUCAGAAGGGUUUAGGAGGAGUCUGAGGGGUAUACGGGGUUCUGAGGGGUUCAAGGGGUUUGGGGGAGUUCGAGGGGUUGUGAGAAUGUCCUAACGUAUGUUGUAGGUGGAGGGGGGGCUGGAGGGGCUGGAGGGGUUCGUGUGCAUGUGCUGUGUAAGUGAGUGUGUGUGCCUCAGUGAGUGUGUGUGUGUCACGAAUCAUGGCUGUCUCUGCCUGUCUGUGAGUGAGUGUGUGUGUGUGUGUGUGUGUGUGUGUGUGUGUGUGUGUGUGUUAGCAAGUGUUUGUGCCAUGAGAGAGAGCAAGGAGAGGGAGAGAGUGAGGAAGCGAGGAGCGGGAGUCAGUGGAUGGAUAAGCAAGGGGGCAGUUGCAGUGGCCACUCCUCUCCCUUGCUGUUUUCCAGCACAAGCAUGUUUCAUUCAGACGACAAGCUUCUGUGGCUGGUUGGGUUGGGUGCAGGGCUGACUUUUCAAAAAAAUGCACUCUGAUUUUACCCCCAAAAAAAUUCCGCAAGUCUGAAGGACCAUUUUCCAGAUUUUGCCUACUCUGAAAUCUCAGUAUCCAAAAGUUGACUAGUCUGA